UGUAUUAAUUCUCCCGCAGACACAAUGCUUCAGUGUCUGUCUGGAAGUUCGUGUGUGCGUGUCAUUGACGGUUACAAGUCUACGUGGUAUUUCGUGGUUUUGGUAUUGGUGUAUGUGUUAUAUCUUAUAUUCGGUACUUUAGUGUUUUCUGCGGUGGAGCUGCCGUAUGAAGAGCAGCUUCGGGAAGAUCUUCGGACCGUGAAGCAGCAGUUUCUAAAUGAUAAUGAAUGUAUGUCCGAAGAAAGACUGGAGGAGUUCCUCACCAGGGCUUUAGAGGCGAGUAAUUACGGUGUCUCGGUUCUCAAUAACGCUACUGAUAACUGGAACUGGGAUUUCACAUCAGCCCUCUUCUUCGCCAGCACUGUGCUGACCACGACAGGAUAUGGCCAUGCCGCUCCUCUCUCAGAUGGUGGUAAGGCCUUCUGCAUCAUUUACUCAGUGGUGGGAAUCCCCUUCACCUUGCUGUUCCUGACUGCAGUGGUCCAGAGGAUCAUGGAGUUCAGUACCCGCAGGCCCGUGGAGUACCUGCACCGGCACUGGGGCAUGUCCAAACCUCUGCUGGCUGCCUUGCACGCCUCCCUGCUGGCCAUUAUAACCAUCUCCUGCUUCUUCCUCAUACCUGCCAUCAUCUUUUCAGUUCUGGAAGAGGACUGGAAUUUUCUGGAGUCCUUCUAUUUCUGCUUCAUCUCUCUUAGUACUAUUGGCUUAGGCGACUAUGUACCAGGAGAGGGCUACCAUCAGAGGUUCAGAGAACUCUAUAAAUUGGGCAUUACAUUGUACCUGAUAUUGGGCUUGAUCGCGAUGCUGGUGGUUCUGGAAACCUUCUGUGAACUUCAGCAGCUGAAGAAGCUCAGGAAAAUGUUCUACCUGAGAAAACAAAAAACAGAAGACCAGCUAAACAUUGUGGAUCAUGAUCACCUCUCAUUCGCCUCUGUGUCUGACCAGGCAGCCUCUUUUAGGGAGGAUAAAACUGAUAUGUUUCCUGGUGACAUUGUCUCUGCCUCACCUACUACUACCUCCAAUGGACCAAUGGACCGAUGAUGCAUCCUAAAAUUCUAUGUCCAGAAACCUGACACAUCAAUGUUUCUGAAACAUCUCUGCUAAGAGCAUAAAUGUAUUGUAAUUUAUUAGUGUAAUCUGCUGUCAGGUUAACUGAAACCUUCCAUAGAUAUGAAUACUUGAAACACAGGCUGAAGGUAAUGUAAUGUGGAAAAGAAUUGUAUGAAUUUCUAGAAUACAUAAUAUCAUAGGACAUCAUGGUUCAUGCUGCUGCUGAACAGAAAAACAUUUUGUGACCAGGGUUUUGUGUGGGCGUGUGUAUGUAAAUGAUAAAUCCAUCCAUGACUUCUAUUUAUAAAUAUUUAACUGGUAAGGGGUCAUAGACUAGCAUUACAUAAUUCAUAUGCUGUUCUUGUUAGGUGACAUACAGGGAUCCAUAUCCUGUAUUAUAGUUUGCAGAUGUAUUAAUGGAAAUCAUGUUUUUUAGUUUACUAAAUUUGUAGAUAUUGCUUAAGGCCAGAAAACACUGCAUGGUUUGUUGUCUGGACAAGUCAACGCUAUCAGUCUGAUUUUAGGCAGUCAGAGUCGAUAGAUUUCACUGAAAAUUGUGUAAUGUAUGAUGGGCACAGACUU